GGACAGGUAAGAAAUUUGAAAUUGUGAAGAAAUAUCAGAAGGAUGUCGAAAAAUGAAGCAAAAAACAAGAGGAGGCUAAGCUAACUUGAGCCAUCGCAUGAUAUUGCAAGUAGGCAGACACGAUCUAGAGCUGAAUCUCAACCUCAAAUCGUUGUUCAACCUGAACUACUACAGAGUAACUUUUAUGUCACAUAUUUUACGGGGAUCAUUCUUUGGAAGUUGCACAAGUAAGAGAAGAACAAGGAAUGCAAGUUAUUGUGAGGAGAGAGAGUGAGAAGGUCAAGACAUUUUCCAGAAUGUCCCCUACCACUUUGUAUAAGCUACUCGUGGGUGAUAGAAAUUUCAAGGGUUUGACUGAAAAACAAAAAGAUGAUGUUCACGCAAUAGGAUUUGGUAGAUUAUUGGAUCUACAGAUAGAAGAGUUGCCAUGGGAUCUCUGUCGGUGGCUAGUUAAAAAUUUUGAUCCUUUUCAUUCCUCUCUUCUUUUGGAUACGGGUAAAAUGAAAAUAACAUUAGAUGAUGUUUAUGUUUCUUUGGGAUUGCCAAAAGGUGCAAAAAAGGUUAUUGAAGCAAAGGCUAGGGAUCCUAGUGUUGAGUAUACAAAAAUUGUUAGCGAUUGGUUUCGUGAUUUAGGAGUUAACAAUACUGUGACAGUGGGGGAUAUUGUGAAGAAUAUUAAGGUUCUGGUGGAUGGAGGGGAAAUAUUUAAGAGAAGCUUUGUGGUUCUUGUAGUUUCAACAUUGUUGAAUGGAAAUAAAAAUGCUAAAGCAAACUACAAGAUAUUGAAAUCUUUAGGGGAUGUUAAUGAUGUUAAGGACAUGAAUUGGUGCCAAUACACAUUAGAAUCUCUAUGUGAUUGUAGUAGGGAAUGGCAAGCCGAAAAUGGAGAUGGUCUGUUUAAAGGGCCUGCUAUAGUUCUACUGCUUUGUUACAUGGAUCGUGUGACCUUUAUGGGUCGUCAGCUUGUUGAGAGGAAGUUUCCCCUCAUCAAGUCUUGGACAACGAGCAAAAUUCAGGAGAGGUCUGAUUUGGAGAAAAAAAUGGCGGGAAGAUUUGGACAAGGUAAAGUGGAAGAGACCUUGACCAUUAAAGAAGAAAAAGAAACAAAUGGUGUUGAUCAAAAGGAAUGCCUAAAAGAGGUUGUGAGUGCUGCAAUGGAGUUUGCCGGAGCAUUUAGUAAAAUUUUUGAUGUCGUUGAACAAGCAAAUUCAAAAUUUCCGAACUUCCAAGCUGUAGCUAAGUUGCAUAACUUAGCGAAUAUGAUGUUUGACGUGUAUCAAGAAUGUGACAAGCAUGAGCAGCAAACUGACCAGCAAACUAACGAGCAAGAGGAGUCAAUUGAUAUGAAUGAGAUGCACACUCAAAGUAUUGAUAGGCCAGAGGAGCCAAAGGAGCCAAAGGAGCAAACUAUGGAUGGGGAUUUCGUGCUUGAGGACGAGCAUUUGGGUCCGGAUUUCUGGAAGGCUUUUGAUGAGGAGGUUAGAAAAGCUAUUAGCAACAGGGAAGCAAAUAAGGUUAGCAGACCCUCGACACUUUCUUCUCCUCCUUCUCCUCCUCCUCAUCCUUCUCCUCUUCUGACUAAGUUGCCACCUCCUCAAACUAAGCUGCCUCCUCCUCCUCCUCCUCCUCCUCCUCCUCAAACUAAGCUGCCUCCUCCUCCCCCUCCUUCUCCUCAAUCUAAUUUCUGUUCUUCUAAAACACCUUCAAUGGCCAGACACCAUGGUCCACGCCGUUCUCCUCGGUUGGCUCACAUUGAAAUGCCUUCUUUUAACUUAUUCUCCUCACCACUUCCUCCUACUCCUCCUUUUUUUUCCUCCUCUCCCUCCUCCUCCUCCUACUCAUACACAUUUUUCUCCCCGUUUGGUCAACAUUCCCCCUUCUUCUCCUAGCCCUUCUGUUAGGCAUGCUGCCAACACUCAACCUUCUCGCCGUUUUUCGCCUCGUCUCAAUAACGCUCCUGUUGUGCAUUCAGUGUCUCCCACAAUAGUCGAUGUCAUCGACUGUGACAUAAAAAUCUUGAAGAAAAGGGAAGGAAACCCAUCUUUUUUGUAUAGAUCCCCAUUCAUUAAUAGGCACGUGAAUGUCUUACGGGAUCUAACGCAAAAGGAAAGGUGUAUGGCAGACUGGGUAUUUGCUGAUUUAGAGAAAAGAAGACGGGAUUUCAGAAAAAGUGGUGGAUUUGUGGGCACAUCUAUUGAACGCCGGGGAGAAGAAAAGAUGUUCUAGCUCUAUUUCAAGAUAUUUUGUUCCCAUGCCACACAUGAUGUUGUUGUACCUUUCA